CCCGCCCGAGGCACGCGCCUCGCACGAUGCUGCUCGAGUGGCACGGUCGCGCGUAGCAGGGCGGCUCGCUCACGCGGCCCUGCUGCUCAGGUCGGCGUCGCGCGCGAGCGACUGCCGCGCGCCCUUGCGCGUCGAGGGCGAGGCGGCGAGGCGGAAGAGCACGCGCAGCCGGUGCCCAGAGCGCAGCAGAGGGGCGCAGAGUGCAAGUCGAGCCAGCAGAGGUGGUGGUCGAAGCGAGAGAGCGCCCGCCGUCGGGCCGCCCGGCCGAGCGCGGCCGCCGCGACGACGACGUCUUCGCCUCUCUCCCACCUCGACCUCGCAGCGCACACGCACGACAUGCCGGCUCCUGUGCCCGUCGCCUUCGACGUGCUCGGCACCUGCUUCAGCUUCGACGGCUGCCGCGAGGCGCUCGUCGACGUCUUCCCCACCUUGUCGUCCGGGCACGCGCAGAGCGUCGUCGACGACUGGUUCCACGCCGCGCAGCGCGACUUUACCUACCUCUCGAUGAACGGCGCCUACACGCGAGCCUGGCCCAUCGCCCAGGUCCUCAAGGCCACGCUCCCUCGUAUCUACCUCAUGCACGGCCUCGUCCCCUCCUCUUGCGCCUCCUCUCCCUUCCCCCCGUACCUCACCGACCCGGUCCUGUCGCGCAUCCCGACCCUCGACGCACGACCCGGCCUCGACGCAGCCUCGUCCCUCCUCCUCUCGCACGGCUUCCGCCUCCUCGCCGCGACCAACGGCGGGCUCGACACGACCAAGGGCCUGUUCGCCCGCGCGCUCGGCGACGACGAGGCGCGGCGGUGGGAGUACUUUUCGUGCGACGAGGACAAGACGGCCAAGCCCGCGCCGAGCGUGUACCGCGACGUGUGGAAGCGGCUCGGCGUCGACGAGGGCGACGAGAACCAGCACGGGUGGUUUGUCGCGUCGCACACGUGGGACCUCUUUGCGGCCAAAAAGGCCGGGUUCAAGACGGCGUUUGUCACGUACGAGGAGCACCUCACGCUCCCCUCUCUGUUCGGCGAGCCAGACGUCGUCGCGUCGAACCUCGAAGACGCCGCUCAGCAGAUCAUCUCUCGCGAGAAGGGACGGGCGCAGUGAGGGAGAAAGGUGUAGAAGGGCUAUGUGCAAGUGGGGUCGUUACCAAUCU